AUGGCACCUCCCAUAGAUCGUCUCAACAACGACGUUCUGCUCAUCAUCCUCUCCUAUCUCAAGAAGCGAGAUCUCUGCGCCUUGUCGCUCACCCGCAAACGCUUCCGUAUGGUUUCCUCUCCAAGACUCUGGACAGUCCUUCCGAUAGAUGAGGCCUUCUUCGUAUCCUGGUGGCAUGAUAAUCUCCCCACCAACGCUCAUUAUGUCCGUGAGAUAGCGAUCCAUCUCAACUUCGACAAGCUUCCCGAUGUCUUGUUCGCAACCAAGAACAUCCGUUCACUCGAAAUAACCGAUAUGUCUCUCCUCCAUGACGACCCGCGUCUUUCUAUAGCCCUCGCAGAACUGCGGGAGCUGCGGGAGCUCUCUUGCGGUUCUGUCGAGGACAAAAUGCUGCCGACGAUCCAAAGCAUCCCCUCUCCCAAUCUCACGAGCCUCUGCAUAGGCUAUCAAGGACAUGAAGACGUUCCCUACAACCUCCCCCCUCUCAUUUCCGCCAUUGCGUCCUUCCCUCGCCUGCAUUCUCUCAUGAUAGAGCAAGCUAGUAAUCCGACCACCGCCGUCGACAUCGCCAGGUACCCGCCGUUCGCCUCCAUCCAGCAGCUCUACCUCAACGGCGUCACCGAGGCCGCGACAGACCUCGUUUAUCUCUGUCCCAACCUCACCUCCCUCGAACUCGGCUUCGACGAUCUGCGCACAGAAGACCCUCACAAAUCACGACCCACGUGGCGCCCCUCCCCGAUCCCUCGACUCACUCUCACGGUUCUGCGCAUGCGGGCCAAAGACCCCAUAGUCUCGUUGCUGGAACAACGGGCCGUGCGCGCGACACACGUUCGACUCUCCAUGCUCUGGUGGUUCACCCGGGACGGCAUCUCGUUCACGAAGAGAGAACCCGCGUCCCGCCUCUCGCGCGUUCUCGCCGUGCUCAAGCCGCGCUCCCUCUACCUGGAGGCGUCAGUCGCGCCGGACGCCAAGCUGUCCGACCCCACGAGACCUCUCUGGAAAGAGGUCGCCGCAGCCGCCCCACACCUGCGCGCGCUCGUGCUCCAUGUGGAAUCGUCCGACGAGGUCGAUACCGAGUUCGACGUAGACUCAAUCAACGACGAUACCGAGGUCGAGAGGCCGCGGAUGCUGUGGAUGCCCCCGGACACGCUCGCGGCGGAGCUCGCGCGGCUCCCGCUCGUCUGCGUCUAUCUCAAGGCGGACCCAAGGCUGUUUGACCGGAAGCCGGGGGAGCCUGACGCGGAGCACCAGCGCCUCCGCGCGCUCGCUGCGUUUCCAGAGAAGCUCGCCGCGGCGAUCCCCACACUGCGCGUCGUGGGCGUGUCGGACGGGCGGCUAAAGCUGGAGGGCGUGCGAUACACGCAGUGGUGGCGCGUCGAGCGCGGUAACGGGGGCGACGCGCCGUCGCUGGUGGAGCUCUGGCGCGAGGACGGGGAGCGGGCGCUGCGGCUCGUGCAGCACGAGGCGUUUUGCAUGUCCGAUCUUGACGACAUCUACUCGGAGAAGUGUCGUUACGUGCCGGGGUGA